AUGGCCCUAGUGGAUGGGGCAUUCCAUCUUCACAACGCACCUGCUCCUGGUUCGGCCGCAACAAAUGCUAUUCCUGGAGCCGGGCUCGGUGACCUUGUGUCCGACGCGUCAGGGGAAGAAACUCCGACGAGGAAUCCCAAUAAUGGCCGUGCCUCACCAGCAACAAGCCGCCUGCCUCCAAUGAUCAGAUCCUUGGCCUAUUCCUCUCAAUCAGCUGUAGCAGAGCUGGUAUCCCUUUUACCUGACUACCAAGCAGCAGCUCUGCUCGUAGAUACCUAUUUUGACCGAGUGCACUGGUUCAUGCUCAUUUUUCACCAAGAUGACUUCCGGCGACGAUGGCCGAAACUUUACAGACUACCAAUCUCGCGGACCUCGAAUUCUUCCCAAAAUUUAGGAUUCAUUAGCACGUUUCUAAUGGUCAUCGCUAUUGGUCUUCAGUACAUCGGGGAGCAUCGGCGGCAGCUCUUGGCCACGUAUGGCAUUGACCCAGAUAAACUCAAAGAACGAAUUUUCUCUGUCGUGAGAACACGGCUACUGGACAUAGUUUCUGUCGGCUCCCUAGAGGUCGUAGAGAUGUGUGUGUUGCUCGGAACCUACUACUUGUACCACGGUGCACCUCGACUGGCAUGGCCGGUAUGCGGCUGUGGGCUGCGCAUCGCUCAGGCCCUUGGCCUUCAUCGCAAAAGGUCCUCGAGCCCCCAACAGUCAUCAUCGAAGAGUACUGCUGCGCGAAAGCAAAAUGAAGCGAAAAAGCGAGGGUGGUGGGCCAUCUAUGAAAUUGAAACAUUUUGUUCGAUGGCAUACGGUUACCCUCUGAGUAUCAAAGACUCUGACUGCGAUGUUGAGCCGCUGGACCCGACAUUCAACUCGCCGGUUGGACAAUCACCAUCUUCCUUUGAAGAGCCACUCACGGGUGAGGCGACUCUGCUGUCAUAUAAAUAUUUUAUGUCGAAAUUAUCUGUUAUUACCAAGGAUGCAUUAUCUGAAUUGUAUAACGUCCGUCUUGAUUCCCCUGAAGGCUCACGGUUACAUCAUUCAACCUUGGACCCGCUCCACGUUAUCAACAAGGUACGCACAAUUGAUACGAAGCUACGACAUUGGCUUGCAGAGGUUCCCUCCAGACUACGCUGGGACAAUAUGGCUGCAGCAGAUGUUAGCUACUCGUCACCACAAGCAGUGGAUCGGGAUAUUGGUGCAUCGGGGCCUGUUUUCGAGAAUCAUAUUUAUCAGCUUCAGGCACUAACCCUCAAACUUGCUUACGAAAAUGCUAAGAUCCUGGUUCAUCGUCCGUUGCUAUCAUAUAAGGUCGUUUCCCAGUCAUCUAACUCCGAACCCAGGGACUACACAGAGUCAACUCCAAACACCAUGAGCCCUUUUCGGUCUUCACUGCAGACUUGCCGAGCUGCAGCUAUGAGCAUGGCCGAAAUUGCUUCGAAUCCAAUUGUUGAUCUCAUAUCGGAAACCUAUGCCGCGGCCUUCGUCAGUAUCCACACGUUCACGGCGGGUGUAACUCUAGGGAUCCUCAGCAGUAUCGACCCCCUGGGGCCACAAUCUCGCGAUACAAAGAUUGGGAUGCAUCGUCUCAUGGGUAUUCAGGAGAAGCUCAAGGAUCGCUCAGUCCUUGCUGCACAGGGUCUCGAGAUUCUUCAGCGCCUAGCGAGGCUCGUGAUGGAGAAGGAACUGAGUGUGAUGCUUGAUGUGUCCAAGCCUAUAGAGCUGUCGGAGCCCAGAGAGACCGAAGAUAACAAUUCAGCCAGUGGAUGGAUCGAGCAUCCUCAACCUAUAGAAAAAAUCGACUCUCCAUCAGAUUCUCCGGUUUCUGCAGCAGAUAUUCAGCCAUCUGGCGACACAGCGUGCCCCGUUCCUCUCCAACAAUCGGAGAUUCCAACAGCUGAUUCUACGUACCCGUUCAACAUGGCUAACGAGAACGCCCUGCAAUACAUGGAAGAUCCAGCUUUAUCCGAGGCCAUCUAUGAUUUUGAUCAAGCCCUGUCUAUGUACGCCCCUCGACUAUCAGUGGAUCCCGAAGAGUCAUAUAAUGCAUCUCUUAUCCGUCCCCCUACUGAUGAAGGCUUCCCAAUGUUGGAGCAAACAUGGAUCUGGGUAUCCGCUCAGAUUAUCUCGAAACAGGACAUCAUUGGGCUUAGUAUCUACAUGACUUAG